AUGUGUCCCUCUAAUAAAUAAGUAAAUAAAUGUGAAAUAAAAAACUAACAAGAACCCAUCUGUCUCCUUCCCUUUUCUUUCCCUCUCCGCUCUUUCUCUCUCUAAACUAAAUCGGAGUUUAGAGAGGGAAACGUCCGGCGCCACAUUGGAUCGCCCGAACAAGAAAUCCAAGAUCGAUUGUGUAGGAAGGGAGGAUGGGAAUGAAGAGAUUUGCGUUGCUUCUUUGCGCAGAUGAUUCGGAAUACGUUAAAAUGAAAUACGGAGGAUACUUCGGAGUGUUCGUCAGAAUGUUGGGCGAAGAAGGCGAGGCUUGGGAUCGUUUCCGUGUGGCUGCCGGUGAGUUCCCCGCAGAUGAUCAGAUAGCCGACUACGACGGAUUUGUGAUUUCGGGUAGCUGCAACGACGCUCACGGCGACGAUCCUUGGAUCUGCCGAUUGAUCGCUUUGUUGCAGAGAUUGGCGUCCUUGAACAAGCGAAUUCUCGGCAUUUGCUUCGGCCAUCAGAUACUGGGACGAGCUUUGGGGGGAAAGACGGGCAGGGGUAGAUCUGGAUGGGACAUUGGGAUCACGACCGUAAACGUGUCUUCAUCUUACAAACUCUUCUCGUCGCUCAAAAUACCCACCACCCUCUCCGUUAUCGAAUGCCAUCGUGACGAGAUCUACGAACUUCCUUCAGAGGCUGAAGUGAUUGGGCAGUCAGAUAAAUAUGGCAUAGAGAUGUUCAAAUACAGGGAUCACAUCCUAGGCAUUCAAGGUCACCCUGAGUACACUAAAGACAUUCUCCUACACCUAAUUGAUCGCCUUGUCCUCCGAGAACUCAUCACGGAUGAAUUUGCUGAGGAGAUGAGGAGUAAUUUGGAAGAAGGUGAGGCAGAUAGGGAAGCAUGGAAGAGGCUUUGCAUCAACUUUCUCAAAGGUGGGUUGUGAUUUUAGGGAAAAAUGAGUUUUUUCUUCUUCAAUGUAAAUAUGGGCUUCAACGUUUAAACAGUGUUGGUUUGGUCCUUAGGUUUGAGUAUGAAUGGCUUGGGACUAGAUCUAGUGCACCUAUGUAUGCUAAUUAUACGAGCUAUGUAAACUUAGAUUUUAGAAACCAAUUCCUCCCAUCAUGUUAAGCACUUGUAAGAGAUAUUUGGUUCACGAAUCAUAUUUAUCUAAUUUAAGGUUAAGAAGCCUUAACCUUUAUUUCA